CCACCCUUCCCUUGUUUAUGAAUUCAAUUCAACACACUUCUUUUCUAUUCUCUCUCUCUCUCUCUAAAAGAAUCCCUCAGUUUCAGAGCUCCUUUCUCUCUCUCUCUCUCUCUCUUCCCAAUUUCUCGAUUGCCACACAUUAGUGACAUACACACAAUCCAAACUCCUCACUUUCUAAUGCUGCUAUGUGGUGCAGGAAUUGUGGAAUGGCUAUAGCGAAUUGGAGUUGGUGAUGCAAAGAUCACAUCGAUUGUGAGCAAUUUCGGCGCGAUGCGGGUGAAGGAGAUGCACCCGCUGUGCUGCAUAACGCUCGAGAGCGCCGGGAUCGGGGACGGCUCGCCGGAGCCGACGCUCCUGAGGACUGGCUCCGCGAUCGAUUGCGGAUCUGAGUCCAAUGCCGGAGGAUCUGACGUCGGCACCAGCACCAGCAGCGGCGUCGCCGGGAUCCUCUACAAGUGGACCAACUACGGCAAAGGAUGGCGAUCUAGGUGGUUCACAUUGAGAGACAACGGCGUCCUCUCCUACUCCAAGUCGCGCCGCCCCCAAUCGCCCGACGUCGUCCUCAUCGGCUCCGACGCCGCUGCCACCAGAAAACGCGGCAAAUCCGUGGGCAUUGUCCAUUUGAAGAUCUCGUCAUUUCGAGAGAGCAAGUCCGAUGACAGGCGAUUUUACAUAUUUACGGCUACUAAGACUCUUCAUUUGCGGACAAAUUCCAAGAAAGAAAGAGUGGCUUGGAUAGAGGCUUUGAAUUCCACAAGAAGCCUCUUUUCUCUGAGACCGCAGACUGGCAAUACCCCUCUCUUAACUAGAGAACUGUCGGUAUCAACUGAAAGGCUGAAGCUGCGUUUGCUCGAGGAGGGUGUUGGUGAGGGGGUUGUCAAGGACUGUGAGCAGAUUGUGUUAUCUGAGUUUUCUGGUGUACAAGGACAGUUUCAACUUCUUUGCCAGGAACGCUCCAAUUUGCUCGAUACAUUGAGACAGCUGGAGGCAGCAAAUAUUGAAGCUGAAGCCUCCGGGAUUAAUGAUGGUGAAUAUCAAUUGAUGAAGCACGAAUACAGAAAUCUGGCACAGCGGAAGUAUGGUGAGUGGAGCACUACUGAAUCUUCAGAUGAUGUCGAAAAGCAAGAUCUUGAUGAAGCAUCGGAUGAGGAGGAGGUUCACUUCUUUGACACAAAUGAAUAUUUUUCUGAGCAUACAUCAGGUUCUGGAUCAAAAGAUAUAGAUCAGAUGGAUGGUGGCAUGAGUUUGGGACAUCAAACUGAUAGUGUGUGCAAGGCAGAUGGAACGGAGAAUGUAACUGAUCCUAGAUACCCAAGAGUUGAGAGAAGAAAGAAGUUACCGGAUCCGGCUGAGAAGGAGAAAGGUGUUAGUCUAUGGUCUAUGAUUAAGGAUAACAUAGGAAAAGAUUUGACACGGGUUUGCCUCCCUGUAUAUUUUAACGAACCAAUUUCGUCGCUGCAAAAAUGUUUCGAAGAUCUGGAGUACUCUCAUCUUUUGGAUCAGGCGUAUGAACAUGGGAAAGCGGGAAAGAGUCUUAUGAGGAUUUUGAAUGUUGCUGCAUUUGCUGUUUCGGGAUAUGCUUCAUCAGAAGGCCGUAAUUGCAAACCCUUUAACCCUCUACUUGGUGAAACUUAUGAAGCUGAUUAUCCAGAAAAAGGAAUCCGCUUCUUCUCUGAAAAGGUCAGCCACCACCCUACUGUCAUUGCUUGUCACUGUGAGGGCAAAGGUUGGAGAUUCUGGUGUGACACAAACCUUAAAUCAAAAUUUUGGGGAAGAUCUAUUCAAGUUGAUCCUGUUGGAACUCUUCAUUUAGAGUUUGAUGAUGGGGAGACUUUCCAAUGGAGCAAGGUCACAACCAGCAUCUACAAUCUGAUUCUCGGAAACAUCUACUGCGACCACCAUGGAACGAUGCAUAUCCAAGGUAACCGCCAAUAUUCAUGCAAACUCAAGUUCAAGGAGCAGUCUAUUCUUGAGCGCAAUCCUCACCAGGUUAAUGGUUUUGUUGAAGAUUCCACGGGGAAAAAAGUGGCUCAAUUAUUUGGAAAGUGGGAUGAUAGCAUGUAUUUUGUAAAUGGUGAAGGAACUGACAAUGCAAAAGAUAGGUCUGAGGCAUCUUUAUUGUGGAAAAGAAAUAAGCCUCCUUCGAAUCUUACACGCUAUAAUCUAACUUCUUUCGCUAUUACACUGAACGAAUUGACACCGGGACUAAAGGAGAAGCUCCCUGCCACAGAUUCAAGACUAAGACCAGACCAACGGCAUCUGGAAAAUGGGGAAUUUGACAAGGCAAAUGAGGAAAAGCUCCGUCUGGAAACACGACAAAGAAUGUCGAGGAAAUUGCAAGAACAUGGUUGGAAACCAAGAUGGUUCGAAAGAGAUGGAGAAGGACCUUUCCGCUACAUUGGCGGAUACUGGGAAACACGAGAACAGGGGACAUGGAACGGAUGCCCAGAUGUUUUCGGUGAGAUAACCGAAGACCUCAUGAAUUCCUUGGAGCCUUCACAACCUCAAAACAGAGACAAAGCUUGGUAGCAGCAUACUCAUUGAUCAAAUGGAAACUUCCUAUAAAAUCUUUCUCCCAAGUCGGCUGGCUAAUUAUGGUGAAGGUGAAGGCAAAGGCAGUACCUUAUAAUGUGACAUUCUUCAACUCACAAGAUUUUGUAUGCAUAUCUACCAUUUUACUGCCACCAAUCAGCUCGGCGUUUAGUUAUAGGCAAGGCAGCUAUUUGUUAUUUUUACUCUUAAUAAACCUAACAUUCAGAUCUAUCUAUCUAUAUAUAUAUAUAUAUAAUGUACAAUAAUUUACAAACCAUUCAUCACUUAAAUUAUUUUGCUUU